AUGCCAAAAAAGAGAGCUUCCAACGGUAGAAACAAGAAGGGUAGAGGUCACGUCAAGCCAGUUAGAUGUAUCAACUGUGCCAGAUGUGUUCCAAAGGAUAAGGCUAUCAAGAGAGUCACCAUCAGAAACAUCGUUGAAGCCGCUGCUGUCAGAGAUUUGUCUGAUGCUUCCGUCUACUCUGAAUACGCUUUGCCAAAAUUGUACAACAAAUUGCACUACUGUGUCUCUUGUGCCAUUCACGCUAGAAUUGUCAGAGUCAGAUCUAGAACCGACAGAAGAAUCAGAACUCCACCAUCUCGUCAAAGAUUCAACCGUGAAAAGAAGGUUAACCCAGCUGACGCUGCCAAGAAGGCUUUGGCUUAA